AAAGUUUCUCAGCCGCCAAACAGGCACGAGCUGUCCUGAAAAGGUUCAGAGAGCCGCCUUCUGAAGGACAGUCGAUGCACUGCGUGUAAAUUUGCUUUCGACGAAAACAAGCCAACGGAGGGCGUCACCCGGCGAAUUCGGCUCCUUUUCCUCCAAAUUUGGGGCUGAAAUGGUGCGAAAACUCCCUCCAAAUUUAGCAGAACUUCAAUUUUACAGAUCAAUCCCUCUUCCUCCCAACCGAAUCAUGGGUCUCAGCACCUCCUGGCCCCCUUGAACCCCCUUCUGCUGCCCCGCCCACAUUUAGCUUGCCCCCCCAGAGGUUGCAAGCAAUUUCUAGGGUUUCACAUUUGGUCUCAAAUCUCCUCAGUUUGGUUUUGUUACCAAGUUGGUGCCCUAGAAGUCGCUUAUUGCAUCCAGUGGCAAUCACAACAGGCGAAUUCAGGGAUUUUUUGAAUGUAUCCACGUUGAAGCUUCAUGUUCAGUUUUUUAGGUAUCUUACCAUCUUCAAGUGGUUGGUGCUAUCAAUCAAAUGGGAUUAAAAUUUUCAAAGCAGGGGCUGGAGAAGGAUGGAAAAUUUACUUUAGCCCAUGCCCAACAUCAUCUUAUCAAUUAUCUCACCAAAAGUUUUCGUAUACGUAACUUGGUAUCUAAGCAACGAAGGCGGAUGCUCAUUGGUGGUUAUGAUCUUGACAUGACUUAUAUCACUGAACGCGUGUUGGCAAUGUCAUUCCCUGCAGAGCGUAUGCGAGCAAUGUAUCGUAAUCCACUGUGGCAGGUGAGGUCUGUUUUGGACACGAGACAUCCCGGUCAUUACAAGGUAUAUAACUUGUGUAUUGAAGAAACUUAUGAUCCAUCACAUUUUCACGGCCGUGUGGAGUCAUUUCCAUUUGAUGACAACCAUGUUCCCCCCCUCCAUAUGAUCAAACUUUUCUGUCAAAGUGUUGAUUCAUGGCUAUCACGUGACCCAAAAAAUAUUGCAGUUAUACAUUGCAUGGCAGGCAAAGGUCGGACUGGCUUAAUGGUAUGUGCAUACCUAGUUUACAGUGGCAUGACAGCAGAGGCAGCUCUUCAGUUAUAUGCACAGAAACGUACCACCAAUAAUGAAGGAGUCUCAAUACCAAGCCAACGCCGUUAUGUUGGGUACUGGGCAGAUGUUCUUUCUUUUCCCCGGGGAGUUAGUAAAGGACCUCCAAAUGUGAAUUUUCCCCAAUCAUGUAACAGAGAAUUGCGGCGGAUUAGGCUUUAUGACACAGUUAACACUGACUCAGUUUUUUGUGUGGUCACAGAGUUACAACAGAUUCCUGGUCAAUUGUACCGUCCACCCGUAGAAGUUUCUAAGAGUUGCUGCAGACAAAUUAGAAAAGGAUAUCAGAGACCUAGCAGCCCCCGGUACUACUUUUCCUUUAUCGAUUGCGAUGAAGAAGAGAAUGAACAAGAGAUGCCACGUCUGGUAGUUCAAAUGGACACGGAGAGUCCUAUGCUCUACCAGAAGACCUGCCUUGACUAUUAUUUUGAUAAACCUUUACAAGUCACUGGAGAUGUGCGUGUCAUAUUCUACCAAAAGAUGAUUGGAGGGCGACUCUUCUAUGCCUGUUUCAAUACAUCUUUCAUCAAGAACAGCUUGCUACAGAUGUACCAUGACGACAGGGUGGAGAGCUGUGUUCUAGUGGGAACUGCACCUCUCCUUCAAAUGGGGCGCCAAAUGAUGAGUUUAACCACGUCCUAACUCUAGUGGAACAGGGUAUUCUGUUUGGAAAUAUAACGAUGGGUGACCUUUAGGAAUAAUAUUCGGGAAUAUAAUGAUUAGCUUGAAAUUAGAAAAUAAUUAAAUAGUCAUUAAUUUUGAAUUCUUUGCAGGACAAACAUUGCAAAACAUUCGGUAGACACUAGGACACAACUCUGAUAAAAUUUAAUAAAUAAAACUGAAAAAUUCCUAAAUUAAAACUGAGUUUGGUAGGACGAAAAAAAUCCAUUUGGAGGCAUGUUGAUUUGAAUUAUGGGAGAGGCUGAACUUAGGUGACUGAUGGGCAUAACCACUCUCUUGAUGGUACAUAAAUGAAUUUCCCUCUUUGAACAAGCUAGAAAAACAUUUUAGGUAAAAUGUUGAAGUGAGGGACUCUUGGUUGAAAAUUUUGUGUUCUGGUUAUGGAUGAUUUUUGUGAAUGAUAAAAUAUUUUAUUAUUCACAUAUUGGAAAUAUCUCUUAUGGUAUGGAAUUUUUUGAUCCCAUAUUUUAGGGUGGAUCUCGAAAGAUAUGAAAGAUUUCCCUCCAAGCUGUACAUACGACUUUCAUCGAAUACGGCUUUCCACAUAAUUCUAUAUAUAUCUAUGAGAUCGAGUGUGAAAUUUUGUUUACUCACUUUAAAUUGAGUAUCCGUUUCCAUCCUUUUCUUGCUAGGAUUAGAAAUCUUGUAUUUUAAAUAUCCAUAUGAUUAGUGCUUGGGUUUUUGAAAUAGUGUAAAAAGAAGUGCCUCGAGUCAUUGCUAUUUGACUCGAACCCCAUUCUAAAAAAUUCGAGGUAUUUCGAAUUGUUUGUUGACACGGACAAACUGAGGGAAAACCUAUGAAAUUAUUUCAAUAUUGGACCUUGGGCAUACACUUGUUAAUAGUUUUGAAUCCAAUCUCUUUAGAAAGAAGAUAUUUUGUCUCAUGGUAGCCCGCUCGAGUCCACUUACGAAAAUUUCGUUCUUGGGUUAGCCAUACACUUCACAUGUUUCUAGAGAUUCACGUGGCAUCAUUUGCUCUAGAAAUUUUGGUAGCUCUCCAAUGGUGCCAAGGGCAGUACUCUUUUGUAUUAUGGUGGUAGAUGUGUUAUGACACUGAUAGAAUGGAUAUUUUCAUGUUAUGGAGUAGGGAAAUUUCAUAAAUACUUGUAAUUUAGGGCCUAUGAGGGGGAAGCAGUUCUACUUUCCCCUUCUUAAUUUUCUUAAAAAAUGUAAAAAUUCUGUCUUCUUUUUUAUUUUUUUAUUUUUUAUUUUUCCUGCAUUUGAAUAGAAAGUUGGAAAAUGUCCUUUUUUGUGAAAAAAUGUUUUCCAGAUUUCUUGAAGCCUUAUUUGAAACUCAAAAAAUAUUAGGGAAAGAAAAAGAAAAAAUUAAGGAAUCGAUAUUUUAAUGUUUGGUUAUCAAGGAAAAUGAGAAAGAAAACAAAAAAUAUUCAAAAUUAUGAACAUAAUUUUUGAUUUUACAUCAUUAAUAUUUAAUUUUUUCCAAUUUUUAGUCAUAUUAAAAUAAAUUUUUAUUUUUUAUAAUAUUGAAUAGAGAAGGAAAAUAUAAGGGAAAUUGAGUUUUCUUCUUAUUUUCCUUUCCUUUUCUUUUCCUAAGUAAAAUUCUUAAUCCAAAUGGACCCUAGAGAAUUGGAAAACAAAGUGGUUUUUUGACAACUUACAAACCCUUAGCUUUUCUCACUCCCUGCAUUGUUGACAUAUUUCUGUAGCGUCACAUUGGAUAGUUUACAAUGUCCUGCCCUAACUUGGCAGCCAAAGAUGAAUUUUGAUUGGGAAUCCAAAAUUAUUCGGUAAUACUAAUGUUUAGACUGGUGCACACACUGUUGCUUUUCAGCAAUGAGAUGAAGCUUCAAACAUGAAUCAUCUAAACAUUAUAGAGAUGAUUUAAUUCCUUUUCUUUCAAAUAUGGGUUAUCCUUGCAUUCAUUUCUCAUGUUUUUGGCUUGAAAUCAAUUUUAUUAUACUUGAGUUUGAUGCAUGAACAUCUGCGUGCAUGUUCUUAUUAUAGUUUCAAGCUAUAUGUGAGAUUAAUCUCUAUUUAUUUAUUUUUUGUGGAACUUUGCAGUUUUCUGUGUGGGAUUUAGAUAAAGUGGGGAGCAAAGGUAAAUCCAUAUGUGGUCCUGCUUUCUGCUUGGAGUUGCUAUUUGGUCCUGCUAAUGGAAAAAUACCGACAGCCAGUUCUAUCUGAUGAUGUAUUUUGAAAUCUGUUAAGAUUUGGGCGCAUGGAUGUCAUGGCUUGAAUUUGGAUUUGUGUAGAUUAAAAAAAAAAAAGAAUUCAAUAUAAUUUAAACUAUUUAGAAAAAAAUCAAUAUACUUUUAAACCAUUUAUUAUUCAAAUCUACACAAAUCCAAUCCGAGGUCGGACUCCAUGCUUGCAAAAGCAGAUGGUGAGAUCUGAUGGUUCAAUUACAACUCUGUAAUUUUCUCAAGAAACGGUACAUUUCUUCUAAACCCUAUUAAAGUUAUGACAGAGUUCUACCUCUGAUUGAGCUGGUUGUCUCACCACCUGUUUUUUUAUGGUGGAAGACACUAGGAAUGAGAACAAGUUUUGUAAUUAGAAUUCUAAACGGCCAGAGUCGAUGCCUUUCCCUUCUUUCUCCCCUUUCUCACAAAAACAACUGCUAAUAUAUCUCAUUGUACAUUCUUGUAGCA